CUGCAAGUGCCUGGGAAGCUGCAGAGCUGUCCUGGGGAUGAGCUGAGCUGGAGCACAGUGGCAUUUGCCCUUGUGCACCCCAUGCCAGAGGUGGGGAGAGCCAAGCCCAGCACCAUCUCCUGCCUGGGCAGCUCCUGCCAUCGAGUAUCUCCCGAGCCUCAGAGUGGUUGUGCUAUUUAUUAAUCCACGAUUCUUUUCUGUCUAAUUGUCUCCCCAGUCCCUCACUGACAUAUCCACAGUGCCCUGAGGUGAGGAGUGCUGCAGGGUGCUGUGCCAGACCCACCUCCCUGCACCUCAGCACUGAUCCAUACUUGUCUGAGCAGUGCCACCUUCAUUUUGCAUGGACUGUGAUUGGGUCAUCCUCCUUCCUUCCAGGUCAUCUACCACAGAGCUUCAGAGUACAUGGAAAUGGGGGUGGCAGUGAAUCAGCCCAGGAGGAGCUGCCACCCCCAGCCCCUGCCUCUCUUGUCCCUGUGUUGCCACCAUGUCCCUGUGGAUGCUCUGAGCAUCACGGAGUUACGCUGUCGCCCAUGAGGCAGGACUGGACAGAUUUAUGCCAGGGCUCAGUGUUUUUUUCAUGGUACGACCUCUCAGUUGGAAAUUUCCUUGACUGCCUGUGGCCUGUGCCCUGGCUCAGCACUGCCCAUAGAGCAGGGGAAGAUCCAUCUCCUACUGCCAUGUUUCCCUGCAUCCAGGGGCUGCAGCUCCUUCAUACAGAUGUAUUGCCAACUGCUUAAGGUACAGGGAAAACUGGAAUGAUUUUCCCUUUGACUCCUGGCUCUUGCUUUUCCUGGAUUUAAAAUUCUUCUCUACCAAGAUUACCUGAAAGUUUUAAAUUCUUUUCAAGAGCAGCUGAGGUUUGUAGGUGCUGGUUUUAUUCCAGAGAAAAUUACAGGUGCCUGAUGACAACACCAUGAAAACUGUCCAUGCAGCCUUAUCCCAGAGCUGUAACAGAGGCUGUGCAGAUACCCCUGACAUCCCCUGAUUUAUUUUUUUCAAUGUAGGUAAGGCACUCUUGUUUCUCCAGCAGCUCCCUGACCCUGCAGUGCAGGGUCUCAGGAGUGAAAGGGUUAAAAGCACUGUGCCUAGACAUAUUUGGGCAAGAAUAAGAUAUCCUGGAACCACUAUAGGAGCUACCAAAUUUUAGCCACAAGCUAGACACCCAGGAUGUAACUUGGCAAGAAAUAGGGAAUAGAACUUGCAAAAAUGAAGAACAAAGCUUGCUGAAACCAGUGAGAAAAUUGCUGAAACAGCCAACAAGAGCCUGCACAUGCCUAGAGGAGAAAGGUGAAAAGGGCACGGCGAUGAAGACAUCGAGCCUUCAUCAGAAAGGACAGUUGAGGAAGACAUGGGGCCUUCCUCAGUGCCACCACCAUGGUGUGCCGUGCCUGUGCUCCAGCUGUGCUGAGGAUAAUGACAGUCCUCUUGAGCAGAGCUCGGAGGGUUCCACGGCUCCAGGCCACCACACCACGAGGUCACAAUGCUCUGGGUGGGUGCCCAGAGCUCGUGGCAGCGUGGUGUGGCAGCUUGUGGCAGCACCGUGGCUUUGUCCUGCCUGCCCUGGGCAGCACAGCGAGGCAGAGGUGCCCCAGCCAGGUCAGGGCUGGGACUGCAGAGCCAUGUCGGUUGUCCACUACAAGUUCUCCUCCAAGCUGAGCUACGACGUGGUCACAUUUCAUGGCCACAGCAUCUCCGUGGGUGACCUCAAGCGCCAGAUCAUGGCCCGUGAGAGGCUGAAGGCGGCCAACUCCGACCUGCGGAUCUUCAAAGCUGAGACCAGUGAAGAAUACUCCGAUGAUGCACAGAUCCCAAAGAACGUCUCUGUGAUCGUGAAGAGAGUUCCAGCUCGAGCUGUAGCUCCUAAAUUGCACCAACCCAUAGGAAAGGCUUCCAGGAACCAAAAUGAGCCAGUGAGGGAAACAUCCAAGGCAAUUUCUGACUCUUCUGCCCCUCUUGCUCUGGCCCAGCUCAUUAAGACCCCAAAUCUGGCUGAGGCCAAUGCUUCAGAGGAGGACAAGAUCAAAGCCAUGAUGGUCCAGUCCUGCCGUUACUAUGAGCCCCUCAAUGACCUGAAGACACCCUUGGGUCCUGUUCCAUCAUCACCUACCAGCCCUGUUCCCAGGCUUAAAAGGAGCUCAGGAAUUCCCAAGAGUUUUAUGGUGGAGGUGAAGGACCCCAACACAAAGGGAGCAAUGCUUACUCCCAGUGGGAAAUAUGCCAUCCCAAUUAUUAAUUUAAGACAACAUCCACAGCCAGAGUCUUCAGCUGGAAUGGAGCCUCCAGUGAAAAAAGUGAAGAAGGCAGAGAAGCCAGUUUAAUUCAUUCUUCAGUCAUGUUCUAUAUAAAUGUUCUCAAUUAUUUGUUAUUUUCUUGUUCUACCAUCCUGUUCUUUAUUCAUGGUUCUUAUUUCAUGUUCACAAUUGACUGUUCACUUAUUGUUGUCAGUUCUUCACUGUUCUUAUUUCAUCUUCCGACAAUAAACAGCACAGCAUUGAAAGGAA